UCAGUUCUCUCGUGUUGGCGGCCGUGGACGUUAGUGUAUGUGAUUAAAUUUAUUUAAUCGUUUUAAUUCCUGAUUAAAAUGAGGCUGCUCGCAUUUUCAAUGUCCGGUAGUCUUUUAAAGAACGCUGGAAAUGGCAUUUCUGUCACAGCUUCGCGGAAAGUCAGUUCAUGGUGGGGUCACGUGGAAAUGGGCCCACCGGACGCAAUUCUAGGGGUGACCGAAGCAUUUAAAAGGGAUCAAAACCCUAAGAAAAUUAAUUUAGGAGUUGGCGCCUACCGGGACGAUAAUGGCAAGCCCUUUGUUUUACCCAGUGUUAUAAAAGCUGAACAGCAAAUGAGAUCAAAAAAUUUAGACAAGGAAUAUUCUCCGAUUUCUGGAAAUCCAGAAUUUUGCCAGCAUAGUAUCAAUUUAGCUCUUGGAGAUGGAAACGAAAUCGUGGCAAAUGGCUUGAAUUCAACAGUGCAAAGUAUAUCUGGCACUGGAGCACUUUGGAUUGGUAUGAAAUUCCUGGAACAUUUCUUUCCCAGCAGCAGAGACGUGUACAUUCCAUCGCCUUCCUGGGGAAAUCACGCCCAGAUAAUUAAGUUAGCUAAGCUCACGCCAAAGUCUUAUCGGUACUAUGAUCCGAAAACUUGCGGAUUAGAUUUCCAAGGCGCUCUGGAAGAUAUAAAUAAAAUUCCGGAAAAAUCGGUCAUUUUGCUUCAUGCUUGUGCACACAAUCCUACCGGAGUUGAUCCAAAACCAGAACAGUGGCAAGAAUUGUCCCAUUUAAUUAAGAAGAAGAAUCUCUUUACCUUCUUCGAUAUGGCAUACCAAGGAUUCGCUUCUGGGGACGUAAACAGAGAUGCUCAGGCAGUGAGAUUAUUUGUGAAAGAAGGCCACAAAAUCGCCCUUUCGCAAUCAUAUGCAAAAAAUAUGGGCCUGUAUGGCGAACGUGUGGGUGCAUUUUCGCUGAUAAAUUCCGGCAAAGAAGAAACUGCCCGAACACUCUCUCAGCUGAAAAUUUUGAUCAGACCAAUGUACUCGAACCCACCCAUUCACGGAGCCAGAAUUGUUUCGGAAAUUUUGGGAGAUCCAGAAUUGAAGAAGGAGUGGCUUGCGGAUGUUAAACUGAUGGCUGACAGAAUUAUAUCGGUGCGAACGAAUCUCAGAGAUAAUUUGAAGAAGAGCGGAAGUAUACGUGACUGGUCUCACAUUACUGAUCAGAUUGGAAUGUUCUGCUUUACUGGCCUUAAAGCUCCAGAGGUGGAGAAUCUGACGAAAAAUUUCAGCGUAUACCUGACAAAAGACGGAAGAAUAUCAAUGGCUGGAGUUACAUCUAAAAAUGUCGAGUAUCUCGCUCACGCAAUUCACGAAGUGACGAAAUAAACUCUGGAUUACUCAACGAUAAAAAAUUAGAGGAUCAUUCUUCACUUGCGAAAAACACUAUAGGCUUUUAAACUAUAUUUAGAUUGAUUUAGCACUCUAUAUUUUUAUAAAGUCACUGCUGGCAGUGUAGUUCAAGUCUUGUUAAAAGGGAAACCUAAAAUAUUUUAGAGGUCAAACCCUAGCAGUCUGGAAAGUGAGAAAAUGAUUAAUUAAUCAAAAUAUUUAUCCGUGAUAAAAUCUUCCAAAGUUUCUUGCCUAACACUUUCAAAGUUUCUAUUGAAUGAGAGGCAAGAUACGACUUUUUUGUUGCGAAUUGCAAUCGUUUUACUAAUUUUCUCUUACCAAAUAUAAUGAGCUAAUAAGAAUUUAUUUUGUUAUAUCGAUUGUUUAUAUUGUUUGGUUGUCCUGAAAAAGGUGCUUUAUUUUUAUUGUAAGUCGAAAACAAUUUUUUAAAAAUAUUUAGCUUUACCUUUGCUGAGGUAAAAGCGCUUAACUUUUUUUUUAUCUCAGAAACUUGAAAGUCUUGAUAAUAAUUUGGAAAAAUAUUCACUUGGAUUUUGAUUAACAACUAUGCCGUUUUAACUCUCACCGUAAUUAUCAGUAUAAACAAUUAUUUACAUUCCGCAAUCUAUGAUAAAGUUUAUGCGAAGCGCAUAAUCGCAUAAUGUACAUACGAUUUUUAUGCCAAAUAUACUCAAUUUAACGUUACA